CGGGGCGGUGGCGGCGGCGACCGGGGCGGCUCUCUCACGUGCUCCGCCCGCACCGGCCCCGCGCGCGGCCCAUGACCUCCGCGCCGCCGCGCUCGCCCACGCCGCGGGCCCCCAGGAUGAAGAAGGACGAGUCGUUCCUGGGCAGGCUGGGCGGCACGCUGGCGAGGAAGAAGAAGGCCCGGGAGGUGAGUGACCUGCAGGAAGAGGGCAAAAAUGCCAUCAACUCGCCGAUGUCCCCUGCCUUGGCGGACGUUCGCCCUGAAGACACCCAGCUAGAGGAGAAUGAGGAGCGCAUGAUGAUCGACCCCACCUCCAAGGAGGACCCCAAGUUCAAGGAGCUGGUCAAGGUUCUCCUGGACUGGGUCAACGACGUGCUGGUGGAGGAGAGGAUCAUCGUGAAGCAGCUGGAGGAGGACCUGUACGACGGCCAGGUGCUGCAGAAGCUCCUGGAAAAGCUGGCAGGCUGCAAGCUGAACGUGGCCGAGGUGACCCAGUCUGAAAUAGGGCAGAAACAGAAGCUGCAGACAGUUCUGGAAGCGGUGCAUGACCUGCUGCGGCCCCACGGCUGGGCGCUGCGGUGGAACGUGGACUCAAUCCACGGCAAGAACCUGGUGGCCAUCCUGCACCUGCUGGUCUCCCUGGCCAUGCACUUCCGCGCCCCGAUCCGCCUCCCCGAGCAUGUCUCCGUGCAGGUGGUGGUCGUGCGGAAGCGGGAAGGCCUGCUGCAUUCCAGCCACGUCUCGGAGGAGCUGACCACGACCACGGAGAUGAUGAUGGGCCGGUUCGAGCGGGACGCCUUCGACACGCUGUUUGACCACGCCCCGGAUAAGCUCAGCGUGGUGAAGAAGUCUCUCAUCACCUUUGUGAACAAGCACCUGAACAAGCUGAAUUUGGAGGUGACGGAGCUGGAGACCCAGUUUGCAGAUGGCGUGUACCUGGUCUUGCUCGUGGGCCUUCUUGAAGACUACUUCGUUCCUCUGCACAACUUCUACCUGACCCCGGACAGCUUCGAUCAGAAGGUCCACAAUGUGUCCUUCGCCUUUGAGCUGAUGCUGGACGGAGGCCUCAAGAAGCCCAAGGCUCGCCCCGAAGAUGUGGUGAACUUGGACCUCAAAUCCACCCUGAGGGUUCUUUACAACCUGUUCACCAAGUACAAGAACGUCGAGUGACGGAGCAGCAGGCCGGGGGGACAGUUUCCCAGCAAGAAAGACAGAGUCUGUCCGUGCCUGUGCCCUCUGGGGAGGUGCCCAGGCUCCUGCUCCCAACUGUGUGAUCACCACCCCCCACCCUGCCUUUUCUAAUGUUUUUUUUUUUUUCUUCUUCCUUGGUUGUUCUGAAACUCCUUUCCCUGUGAUUCGCGGUGGUGAGGGCCUUUGAAAUGCAGGGUUCUGAACGCCAGUGUCAUCUUCGAGGCUUCACUAGUGUCAUCUUCGAGGCUUCACUAGUGUCAUCUUCGAGGCUUCACCUCACCUCCUUCCACGGACGCUGAGUCAGGUGUCAUCUGCCUUGACCAAAAGAUGAAAAGGAAAAAAGCCCAAAUCCCGACCCUCCGCCGACUGAGAGCCACCUUGUUUCCGCCCGCUGGCGCAGUGAGCGGUCACAGGCGUUCAGAAACGCACCGUCAGCUUCGCAGGAACUCGGGCUUUAGGUGUGAUCUGAGCGUCCACCCCGCAGUCCUAUUGUUUCAAUUUGGCUUUUGCACAAGGAGCAAGACCCAGGACAACCCAACUGCCACGGUGCACGAGAGGAGCGAGCGGCCGAGGGGACUGGGCGUGGAGUUGGCUCUCAAUGUGCUACUGAGACAGCUCGUGCCAGAACUCGCCCGUCUCAGGGGCCCUGUCUGGGAGCGGAUGCAUUUUUAGAAACUUUAAAAAAAAAAAAAAGAGGGGGCUGUGUUGGUUUGCUAGGGCUGCCGUGACAGAGCCGCAGAGUGGGGGCUCAGACAGGGGAAGUUUGUUUCCCACGAUCCCGAGGCUGGAAGUCAGAGAUCAGGUGUCGGCAGGGCAGGUUGCACCGGAGGCCUCUCUCCUGGGCUUGCAGACGGCCGCCUUCUCCCGGGGUCUUCACGGUCGUCCCUCUGCCUGUGUGUGUCAUGCUCUCCUCUUCUUACAGGGACACCGGCCCUAUUGGAUUAGGGUCCACACCAGUGACCUCAUUUAAGCGUAAUUAACCUCUGUAAAGGCUCUAGCUCCAAACACAGUCACAUUCUGAGGGUCUGGGGGCCAGGACUUCAGCACGUGAGUUGGGGGUGGGGGAGGACAGUGCAGCCCACAGAUAUGGAGCGUUUAUCUCACUGUCCUGCAGCCCUGAGGGCGUCUCCCUUUAGGCCACCUAUAAAAGGAAAUGGCGGUUCACCCCUCCCUUCCCCGGGCUCUGGGGAAAUGGGCAUCCCGUCGGCUGCAUGUUCUGGGCUGGCUCCCGGGUCUCGGCGCACCCCCCCCCCACAUCCCAGCUCCACGCCCACCCUGGGGGGCACCCACUGCAAAGGGGUCUCCUUUCUUGAGUUCUUCGCAGCGAGAAGGGCCUUUCUGAUCUCGAAUGUUCACCUUCCUGCUGUAGAUCAGAGCUUCUAAGUUGCUAAUAUUAAACUGAAUGCCAACUGUAAAAUUUUAGAAAACAGUUUAACAUUCUCCCUCGGUUCCGGGCGUUGCAGGCUGGGGACGGGUUCAGGACAGCCGUUUCGGUGGAGGUGGUUCCCAGCAGGGGAAAGAAAUAAUUAAAACAGCAUUAUGGCUUCUCCUGCGGGAUGCAGUGACAUUAAAGAACCACAUUGACAAAAUAGCCGGGACUGGAACAUUCUGUGCUGUCUUCGUUGUGUGCACAGAGUCACAGCAACCUGGAGCCGGUGGAGUCGGAUCUGCCUGCCUUGUUCACAGGUGGGCUUAGCGAGGCCCGUGUGUCCCUGGGGGAUCAGGAUUUGGAACAAACACAGCUGCAGAUUUUCAGCCAAAAUGGGCAGUUCUGGCCCAUUCCGUGCCGUUGAAGGGGAGGAGAAGAUUUGUCUGGGAGGGGCUUCAGUUUCCCAGGGUGGCCCUGGCAGCCCCCAUCUGGCAAACUCAAGUCCAGCCUCUUGCCAGCUUCAUGCCCUUCUGUGUCUCAAGUAAAACGAUGAGAAGAAUAAGGUCUGUGGGGGACUAUACACAGGCACUCUGCUUCGCAACAGGGACUGUUCAAAGCCGUGAUUCCAACAAAGGAUGGGAUCUCUCUUUUUGUGGAGAGGGGUUCUCUGUCGCCCAGGCUGGAGUGCAGCUCACUGCAGCCUCCACCUCCUGGGCUCCAGCGAUCCUCCCACCUCAGCCUCCCCAGUAGCUGGGGCUACAGGUGCCCUGUUUGGAUGAGAUUUUUUUGUCCAAAUUUCUUUCCAGUUGGUUCAGAGGUGUGGGUGUGGGCCCUCUUGGGCCUGACAUGUCUCAUUCUUCUCCCUCCACGAUGGGUUCAAAUCCAAACUCGAUGCAUCAGGGCCAGUUCCGAGACAGAAUUUGGGAUCAGCUCUGCUGGGGUCAGCUCUGCUGUCUUCUCCCGUAAUCGUCCUCGGUUCCCACUGGCUCGGGAAGAUAGUUGACGGGACAUGAGGCUCGGGGUGAGAUGCUCCCUACCCACGGCCCUGGGUUCUUAGUUCAGGGAAGUUCUGGACCCUUCGUCCCCAUCUGACACCACGUUUUCAGUGAAUUGUUCUUCUCCGAAGAGGGCCCCUGGCCCAUAGGAACCAAGGGAAGGCACGAUCGUUGUGUCCGUCCGUGAGGGCCGAAGCCCGGCAGCCGCGGCACAAGGAGGUCUUGGGUCUGCAAGGCCUGAGUGGACGGUCCGGCCAGGGCCAGAGCAUUUGCCGUUUGUCCUUCUCCGUGUGACGUGUCUCUGGACCCCCCCGCUGGUUUGGGGAGUCCACUUGCAGCUUGGGUUCCCCUUUGACAGCCACUCAGUAUUUUGCAAGCACUGAGCCCAGAGCCCCACCGUGCCCCAUGUCCUAAUUGGAUGUCACAAAGAGCAAUUUUGUUUUAAAGCGACUGAACCCUUCCCCCUCCCGUUUUGGGUGCUGACAUUUUACUGCCUUUGUCAUUGUUUUAAGCAAUGUUUAUUUUGGAUUUCUGGAUACUAAAUAAAAGCCACUAAAACCCUGGCCAUGCUGCCGGCCAGGCCCGCCCACCGACGGCAGGAAGCCAGCGCUGCUGGGGAGCCGGGCACGUCCUAAGCAAGAGGUGUGGUUGGGCAAUGCUGCGAGGUGUCACAAUGUGCUGUUAUUUAUUCCAAUAAAGAACUCGUGAGCACAGG